AUGGUUUUCCAGAAGAACAUUCUUAUUCUCUUUGUCCUCAACCUAACCCCGACUGAGAUGCGCGCCGCUGGCAACUUUGCUCCCAGGGGUGCCAGCCGUUUCCUUGAGGUUACCCCGAACGUCAGCAUGUACAACCAUGCUGUCGGCGCUGAAAGCGGAGCCAGCCGGGACAAUGACGGCUAUGUCUCGACCACCGCCAGCGAGGACACCGCUGUCAGAUUCCUAACUCAGAUGUUCGGCGGCAACGGCUACGUCUAUGAGAUCGCAGCGGCUGGUAACUUCAUCCAGGUCUCCGGCACUCUCGGUCAGUUCAGCCCGUACCCCAACGAGCAAGAGUACGCCGCGCUUGGCGGCUUCAGCUGGGACCAGGUCAUCCGCUGGAGACACUACACCAACGGCGUCGCCGAUGCUGCCGGCAUGGAGGACAACAACGUGUAUGAGGGCAGGAUCUAUAACAGCUUGAGGCCUAACAACGGCCAGCCCAGCCUUGCUGGAUUCCCUGCUGGCCACCGUGCCUGGACUCUGUCCCCUUGGAAUGCGUUUGCUCAGGGCGGCGAGGGCUGCGGUGGUAACGGCGAGCUGUCUGUCGGCGCUCGCCGUCUCAAGGCUCGCCAGUGCGCUCCUGUUGACAACGCCUUCACCGCUGCUAGCAGGUUCCUCGACGACGCCUGCUACACCAAGGCCCUCUGCGGUUAA